GGCUUAUGAACAAGCAGGAUUGCUAUGUAAGGAAAACAAGCAGUAUGAUGAGGCUGUACACUGGAUGGAACUAGCCGCUCUGAUGUUCCAGGAACAUGGCACGCCAGACACAGCUGCCUUAUGUCUAGACAAAGCUGCCAAGUAGGUGUCUUCUAAAUUAAUCAGUUUACAUUUUAUUAUCUGAUUAUUAUCAAUAAUUUUAACUUAAAAUUGACAUCAACAGUAAGUGUUUUAUAACAAUAGGGAUCCUACCUGCCGGCAUUGCAGCCUGGCCUGGAGACUCUAGAGCACCUGUUGACCAAAUGUCCCUCACUAGAUCUCCCGGGGGAAGCCAGGGCUGUUGGAGGACCCUUUGUGAGGGAAAUGUUGUAUGGCUCAGCUCAACAGAUGGAGUUGAUAGCCAAUUUACUAGCCGGGGUCAUAAGAGAGUAAUCUCAGACCCUCACCAGAAUAUGUGUGUUAGUUAGAGAUAUAAUUAUACUUAGAGAGCAUUGAAAUUAGACUUUAAUACAUUUCAAGUAUGCUACUUCAGUGAGGAGAUUUCAACUUAAUUUUAGAUCAACCGUUCUAUUAUUAACAUCUUUUUUUUUUAACUUGCUUUGGUUUAUGGCUCAACAUCUUUGAAAGGAAAUUUAACCAACUUCCCUAUGUCCUAAACAGCUGCUCAGAUUUAGUAAACGGCUUCUUUUCAUGGAUCAUUUAACCAUUGCAAAUUUUUCUAUUGUUCACAUCUUGAGUUAAUAGAGAUUAGAUUUUACCAUGAAAUUAAAUGUUCUGCUACAAUUUGAACAUGUGAAAACAAUGAUAUGCAAAAAUAUCAAGCAGCAAAAAAAUGGAGGGAACAAUAUACACUAGAUUACAGUUGUUUAAGUGUGAAAAGCCGACUGAAGAUAUUCUAUAUUGUGCAAAGCUGACUAAAGAGAUUCUUGAUUGGGCAAAGCUGACUGAAAAGAUUCCUGAUUGUGCAAAGCUGACUGAAAAGAUUCUACAUUGUGCAAAGAUGACUGAAGAGAUUCUAGAUUGUGCAAAGCAGACUCAAAUGAUUCUUGAUUGUGCAAAGCUGACUCAAAAGAUUCUAGAUUGUGCAAAGAUGACUGAAGAUAUUCUAGAUUGUGCAAAGCUGACUCAAAAGAUUCUAGAUUUUGCAAAGCUGACUAAAGAGAUUCUUGAUUGUGCAAUGCUGACUCAAAAGAUUCUUGAUUGUGCAAAGCUGACUCAAAAGAUUCUAGAUUGUGCAAAGCUGACUAAAGAUAUUCUAGAUUGUGCAAAGAUGACUAAAAAGUUUCUUGAUUGUGCAAAGCUAACUGACAAAAAUUUAUUUAACAAAAAGAUAUUAAUGGAGACCAAGGACAUCUCUAAAUAAAUAUAAAUUUAUAAAUAAAUAAAAGAAUUCACACAAAAAAAUCCUUAUUUCCCCCAUUGCCUUGUCAUUCUUUUAUCUAGGUAUAACUAUGCACUUGAGUAUCUUCUAUAAAUAUUUGCACAUAUUAAUUUUUUUUUGUUUAGAAUGGUCGAGCAAGAUAAGCCAGAGAAAGCCAUUCAUUUAUACACAAAAGCUUGUGAGGUAGCAGAGGUAAGUUGUAUCCCUUCAGGAGGAAGGACUCAAUGAGCCUUUAAAUUAAGUUAGUUAUAAUGAACAAAUGUGGUUAGGGUGGCAUUUUCACCAAAUACUUCUUCACAUUUCAGAUAGAAGGGAGACCACGCCAGAGUGCAGAGUACAUUGGGAAAGCUGCCAGGUUGCAAGUCAAGUGUUUUAAGUAAGUUUUUGGGGACUUAACUCUUAGUGUCUGUUGCAGUGAAUAUGUUCUGGCCUCAACGCCACAUCCAUCCAUUUAGACAAGUCUAUUGCUGUCUGUCUGUGUGCUUUCAUAGAUUUUCCUCCACACCUCUAUCCAUAUCUGCUGCAAUCGACAGAUGAGUCCUCUGGUCCUUGGUCUCUGGUAUUAUACCACCUGCCCUCUUCUUUGAUCCAGCAUUCUCCAGAACAGUCAGUCUCUUUUAAUUUCUGUCAAUAUGGUUGGACUUAUAUUGUGGUAGGCGAUAUGAACUUUCACUUCGAUCAGCCACAGCACCAGUCCAGUGCCAGGAUGAUGGAUCUUUUGGACUUAUUAAGUCUUCAUCAAUCAGUCGACCAACCGACUCAUAAUCGUGGACAUGCUCUUGAUUGGGUGCUUCAUAGGCCUCAGGAUGGUGUGAUUAGAUCUACUUCAAUUACUCAAGAGCUGUCCUCUGACCAAUUCUGUGUUGUUUGUGAGCUUAGUGUUAGGGCCCCCAAUCUUCUCCGUCAGUUCAAGGAGGUCCGCAGUCUGCAAACUAUAAACAGGGAUGCCUUUAAGCAUGACCUGAGUUUAGAAGUGUCCCCCACCCUCUGCCCUACUUUGGAAAUGCUAAACUGUGCAUUGCGUGCUGUGCUUGACCGGCACACCCCUGUCACCCGCUGCAAUUUUAGGUUAGCACGGUCAGCUCCCUGGUAUGAGACCAUAAGGGAAGAACUAUGCAGUGCCAAGAAAGAGCGGCAUCGUGCGGAAAAGAAGUAGUUGAGGUCAGUUCUUGUGGUAUUUAACCAGAUGUAUUCCGUUGCCAAGAAGUGUGUCACUCAGAUUGUUUGUCAUGCUAAGGCCUUGUAGUUUAGCCAAAAGAUAAUUAUGGGUAAAACCAGCAGCAGUUGUUUGAUGUUUAUAUCCACCUCAGAGGUAGUAACAAAGAAACUGCUCUUCCUUCAGUGUUUCUGUUGCCCCAACAACCAGAUAUUUUCUGUGAUUUCUUUACAAGCAAAGUUGCUGGCAUUCGCGCUGAGCUCGAUUAUCUUGACGUACCGUCUCUAGAUUUGCCUUCUUCUUCUUGUGUUAGUUCACAUUUUGAUGUUUUUAAACCUGUUUCAGAACUAGAGGUCAAAAGUAAAAUUCUAAAAUCUAAACCUACGUCAUGUUCUUUGGACCCCAUCCUCACCCCCCUGUUGGUUGAGUCAUUAGAUCAUUUGCUCCCAACGAUAACCCAUAUAAUCAAUGAAAGCUUGUCUUCUAGCCCUGUUCCCCCACUUUGUAAGUCAGCUGUCAUCAAACCAUUGCUUAAAAAGCCUGGUCUGGAUGAAAAUAAUUAAAAAAACUAUAGACCUGUAUCUAACUUAUCAUUUUUAUCUAAAAUCAUUGAAAAACUUGUACUAAAACAACUUUUUGCUUACUUAAACGACCACUCCCUUCUCAGUUCUUAUCAGUCGGCCUAGACAUUUCCACAGCACAGAGACAGCUAGCUCUCUUGAGAGUCAGUAAUGACCUCUUGCGCACAAUGGGCAGCGGUAAUGUCUCCAUCCUGAUCCUCUUAGAUCUCAGUGUGGCCUUCGACACUGUUGCCCAUGAAACCCUUUACAAAACCCUUGAAAAUUACUUGGAAUUUCUGGCUCAGUUUUGGCUUGGUUUAGGUCCUACCUCUCUUAUAGAAUACAGGCGGUCUCUGUCGAUGGCUGUCUCUCCAGCAGUGCUGCUUUGGUGUACGGAGUACCACAGGGGUCUGUUUUGGGUCCGAUUCUAUUGACAUUGUAUACCAGGCUACUGCUCCUGUUGCUUGGACAUGCUUGAGCCAAUCAUUCGCAGAUGACACGCAGCUGUACAAGCAUACCCAUCCCUCUCUUGUCAAUUCCACUGUCCAGACUUUGCGGGAGUGCAUUGGGGAUGUCAAGUCAUGGAUGACACUCAGCAAGUUGAAGCUAAAUGAGGACAAAAUGGAAGCACUCCUCAUUCACAAUCACAAAUCAUCCUCUACCUCAACUCUCCCCACCUCAUUUCAAGUAGGUAACUCCGACUUACAGUUUACACCCUCUGCUAGGAAUCUUGGUUAUAUUCUUUCUAACAAAAUGCCUCUCGAUAAACAUAUCUCUCACAUUUGUCGUUCUGCAUACACCGCUAUCCGUCAGAUCAGCUCCAUCCGCCACUACCUCACAGUUAGUGCAACAAAAACCCUAGUCUGUGCUCUAGUUCUCUCUCAUCUUGACCAUUGCAACCAUCUUCUGUCAGGUUCACCAAAACACUUUAUAGAAAAACUACAAAAGGUUAUAAACUCAGCUGCUAGGCUAGUUAUAAAGGGAAAAAAAAAAGUGAUCACGUCACUCCACUACUCCACUCAUUUCCUUGGCUCCCCAUACAGGCACGCAUUGAUUACAAGCUUUCUGUUCUCUGUCACAACUUUUUCUCGGAUUCCUGCCCUUCCUAUCUAACCGAACUUCUUUCUGUCUAUUCAUCCCUUCACUCCUCCAGAGACAUGCUUAUUCUGUCCGUUCCCAAGAUGCGCACUAAAACAUAUGGUGAACGAUCUUUCUCUGCCCCCAAACAAUGGAAUUCUCUGCCACUACACAUCCGCAAUAUACCAACCACCCAUGCCUUCAAAACUGCACUGAAAACACAUCUCUUUAAACUCUACUACCCCGACUGAUUCCCCCCUUUGACCAAUAAACUAUGCUGCUGGCUGCCGUUCAUGGCUUGACAUGUAAAAAUUCUGGAGUGGGUGGGGUGUAUAUACAUUUGUUUUUGUUUUGUUGCUACACAGCUAUUACAUAAAUGUAUUUUAUUUUUAAGUCACGAUUAUGUCUCUUUUGGUAAUAUUUUUAUGUACAGCGCGGUGAGCCUAGCUCUAGGCUGGGGUACCGCGGUAUAUAAGACUACUACUACUAAUGGAUAUUAAAUUGUUACAGUUUUUACAGCUUUGUGUUAUAACUUAAAAUAUUUAAGGUCCAUGUAAUAUCAUAGCCAUCAUAUCAAUGUAGUUCAUCAGUGCUAACAUUUGAAGUAAUUUCUAUCAUCAUAUCAAUGUAGUUCAUCAGUGCUAACAUUUGAAGUAAUUUCUAUCAGAUCAAUGUAGUUCAUCAGUGCUAACAUUUGAAGUAAUUUCUAUCAGAUCAAUGUAGUUCAUCAGUGCUAACAUUUGAAGUAAUUUCUAUCAUCAGAUCAAUGUAGUUCAUCAGUGCUAACAUUUGAAGUAAUUUCUAUCAUCAGAUCAAUGUAGUUCAUCUGUGCUAACAUUUGAAGUAAUUUCUAUCAGAUCAAUGUAGUUUAUCAGUGCUAACAUUUGAAGUAAUUUCUAUCAGAUCAAUGUAGUUCAUCAGUGCUAACAUUUGAAGUAAUUUCUAUCUGAUCAAUGUAGUUCAUCAGUGCUAACAUUUGAAGUAAUUUCUAUCAGAUCAAUGUAGUUCAUCAGUGCUAACAUUUGAAGUAAUUUCUAUCAUCAGAUCAAUGUAGUUCAUCUGUGCUAACAUUUGAAGUAAUUUCUAUCAGAUCAAUGUAGUUCAUCAGUGCUAACAUUUGAAGUAAUUUCUAUCAGAUCAAUGUAGUUCAUCAGUGCUAACAUUUGAAGUAAUUUCUAUCUGAUCAAUGUAGUUCAUCAGUGCUAACAUUUGAAGUAAUUUCUAUCAUCAGAUCAAUGUAGUUCAUCAGUGCUAACAUUUGAAGUAAUUUCUAUCAGAUCAAUGUAGUUCAUCAGUGCUAACAUUUGAAGUAAUUUCUAUCAUCAGAUCAAUGUAGUUCAUCAGUGCUAACAUUUGAAGUAAUUUCUAUCAUCAGAUCAAUGUAGUUCAUCAGUGCUAACAUUUGAAGUAAUUUCUAUCAGAUCAAUGUAGUUCAUCAGUGUUAACAUUUGAAGUAAUUUCUUUCAUCAGAUAUGAAGAAGCCAUUAAGUCUCUACAACAAGAAAUCAAGUAUUGGAUAGAAGCAGAGAACUACACGUACAUUAAAAAAGUGGCCAUGGGUGUGAUCCUGUUACACCUGACACAGGAAGAUUAUGUAGCUGCCGAUCAGUUCUUCAGAGAAUGCCUCGGGUAAAUGACCAACCACAUCCAAAUUGACAUCAAGACAAAAGAUAAAGUUUUUUCAUUAACCCAUUCAACAAUGUGCCAAAAAAAUAUUUUGCCAGAAACGCUAUCAAGCAUUGCUAUUAAAAAAACUCUCACCAUUAAAGCACAUGUCUUUAAAGUAUACUAUACUGUCCUGACAUUAUGGGAUUAAAAAAAUGUAAUAUUCAUUGUGGCUUAAUUAUAUGACAGAUUUUAUAAUGUGGGAAAGAACUUGACAUUACAGAAUCAACAUCAUCAGAGCAUGAGAAAAUAAUGCAUUAUCAUAAAGCAACCAUCCUUGAACCCAAUUCUCUUUAUUUCAUGUCAUCGUGUAACUCAAUUGAUUUAUACCCCUGAACCCAAUUCACUUUAUUUCAUGUCAUCGUGUAACUCAAUAGAUUUAUACCCCUGAACCCAAUUCACUUUAUUUCAUGUCAUCGUGUAACUCAAUCGAUUUAUACCCCUGAACCCAAUUCACUUUAUUUCAUGUCAUCGUGUAACUCAAUCGAUUUAUACCCCUGAACCCAAUUCUCUUUAUUUCAUGUCAUCGUGUAACUCAAUCGAUUUAUACCCCUGAACCCAAUUCUCUUUAUUUCAUGUCAUCGUGUAACUCAAUCGAUUUAUACCCCUGAACCCAAUUCACUUUAUUUCAUGUCAUCGUGUAACUCAAUCGAUUUAUACCCCUGAACCCAAUUCUCUUUAUUUCAUGUCAUCGUGUAACUCAAUCGAUUUAUACCCCUGAACCCAAUUCACUUUAUUUCAUGUCAUCGUGUAACUCAAUAAAUUUAUACCCCUGAACCUAGGGGUAUAGCACUCGAAAAAAAUUUAAACUUUCACUACAACUCUGUCCUCAAGAUGGGGUUUUGUUUCCCUCAGCUAACGUAACAAUUCAUAAGGUUCAAUUUCUGAGCUGCCACUUAUGAAAGGGUUAAAUGUGUAUAUUUGUUUAAAAUGCCUCUUACUAAUAUAUUUUAAUUAUAUUAUAUCUGUUUGGAACAGACAACUUGCCAUAAUAAAUUGAAGUCUCUUGUCUAACGAAUUGAGUUUUUGCACAUUAUAUUAGAUUACCGGUUUUCAAAGCUUGUGUCUUAGACUGUGGAGGGUCAAAGUUGAGACAAUUUAUCAUAGUUGAAUGUACCCGGUUGUUGAACCUAAAUGUUUUACAUUUCUUCAGAGUUACAGAAACUGAUUGCAUUUGCCACUCAAUGUUCCUUAUUUGAUUCAGAUUUCCUGAGUUUGGAGCUAGUGAAGAAGCUGGUGCUCUUGAAGACUUGUUAAGAGCGUAUGAUGAUGGCGAUGAUGAGGCCGGUCAGCUUGUGCUUGCAAAACCAAUCUUCAAGUAUCUUGAUAACAUGGUGAUUGUUGGUUACUUGUUACAUAUUUUCCCGACAAAUCUCUUGUUAGAGAAUAUAAAUAUGACCAUUUCUGAAUGUAAAUAAUUUAAGUUGGAUCAUAUAUGUACACUAUGUAUGAAAAAAUUAAUUAAAUUUUCAUGGACCUUUCCCAUGGCCCCAUUUAUUUUUUCAACAAAGCCCUAUGUAUAAAUUUGAUGAGCUACUUAUGUUUUAAGCUUAGUAUAAAAAAGCAUUUCAGUUCUUGAUAUCUUAGAAUUUUCCCUUGAAUUCUUCAGUUUGCGAGACUAGCCAGAGACUUGAAAUUUCCUGGAGGUAUCACAACAUCCAGAUCAGCUGCCACUACAAGUACAUACAGCCAACGAGAUGAGGACUUUGAUGGGGAAAAAGAUGAAUUUCAAAAAGAUGGAGAGAACGAGGAGGACCUAUCAGAACUAUGUUGAGGAAUGUAUCGGUUGUUAGUGACGACAACUCCAGCUCAAAUACACUGCUAUUUAAAAAAAAAAAAUACUCAAAAAAUUUUAAUUUUCCUUCAACUUGAACUUCUUUAGUUUAGAGAAGUAAAACAGAGUAGGUACCAGGUGGGCUGCGACACUUUUUAAACUAAAUUUUUUUUGAUUGAAUGGAUGGGAUAGCUUUUUUUCUUUAAAGUUACCAAUUGGGACCAACAAAAAUAAGGUAACUGGGAUUAUUGAACAGUUUAGUUGAAUGGGUUUGAUUAACUGUUGGCCACAACAGUUACUUGAAAAUAGACAAGAAGUUGAUGGCCGUAACCAAAUACGUUGGUUUUAUUUAAAUAAGGAGAAUUUCAAUUUCUUGGUGAUGCUGAAAUUUUUUAAAUAAAAAUUUUACUACUCCUGCUGCAUUACUUUGGUGACAUUGCUUAUCAUUUGUCUUUAGUUUUGAUUAUGUGAUAACCCCAAGACUGUGAUUUCAGUGGUGCGAUGAAUUAUUAAACUGGCUAUUUAGGUGUAUGAAUGUGUUAUAUGCAUGAAUUACUGAAUUUUUAGAUGUGUGAAUGUGUUAUAAGUAUGGACAACUGAAUUUUUAAGAUGUGUGAAUGUGUUGAUGUGUGACUGCAAAAUGUAUACAGAGAAGAUCUGGUUUCUUUUAAUAUAAUGGAGAUGUGAUUUUUAAGAUUGUUACAUUUUUCUGUGUUUGUAACAUAGGGGGAAAUAAUCAUUGAGCUGAAUUCUUUGUUUCCUUUUCAGUGUUCCAAUGAGGAAUAUCUAUUUCCCUAUACUGUUGUAGCAAUAUACUUUGACAACACUUUGAUGCUAUCAAGAGGUAUACAAAAAGUGGGCUGUUUAUAGAACUAACUAUAACAGCGGACCAAGACUAACUAACAUAACUAGAUAGAAUUGAGAAAUUGUUUUCUAAUUAUUAAAUAGUGCUGCACCACUUUGUAAACUCAAAUUCAAACUAUUACGGUGACAAUAAAUUUAUUAAAGUUGGAUUGUCUACAAACUUUGCCUGUUUUAACAUCUCAAACAAAAUUGAACAAUGGAAAUUUGUUUCUUGACAUAAUCCUCAAAGCUGAGAGAUCCUUGUAACGUUGUGUAUCUAUUUUUCUCCUUUCUAUGUCAUACAUAUUAUUAGCUUAGUUAUGUUGUACAAUUAUUUCAUGUUAAAACAAUCUCCCAGGUUUUGAACUAUUGUGCAAUAUUUAAUAGUAGUUGACAGUGCAUAAAAGUGACAGAGAAAAUGCAGGAGUAGAAAUUGUGAAUCUGAUGAUGAAUAUUUUGGUAAGUCCCAAUAGUUCCCAUAGGGAUACCUUCUUCCAACAGUGAACAAAAGUGCUUUUACAUUAUAGAUAUUUGAAUCUUAGAAAACAGUUAAUUUAUUAAAUAUCUUUUGUUAAAUUGAACCAUAGUUAUAUAAUUCUUGUCUUUUUAUAGGAACAUUAUUGUAUAUUUUAAUGGAGCAUUUAAACUUCAAAAUGGACUGUCUACUUAUUAAUUAAUUUUGUCACACCAAAUAUGAAGCUGAGUUCAGCUAUGACCUUAAUUCAUGAAGCCCCCCCCCCCAUCCUUCAAUAUUUUGUUCACCCCUUUUAGUAAUUCCUGGAAAAGAAAGAUAGAUGAUCUUGAGAUAAUUAAGUCAAAAAUAUAAAGAUCAAUAAUAUGCACAUUGUUUAAAUGCUUAGUAAAGUUGGUGAGAAAAAAAUUAUUUGACCUAAUUAAAGGAGAUUUGCUGUGUUACAUAAGCAUCCAUAAUCAAUGAUAAGCCAAAACACCCUCCACACCAACAUGUUCACUUUAUCAGAACAGCUUGGCAUGUAUGUGUUCUAAGAAAUGUGUAGUUUCUUAGUUUAAAUGUUUUCAAGGUACUGGUAGUAACUGGUACUUUUUUUUCCAAAGUUCGUUAUACUCCUAUACUCCAUUAUGCCCUCAUUAUUGUUGUUUCUUUGAGUUCUGUGAAUUCAACAUUUUAAAUAUCUUAUUACUUUACCGGGUAGUUCAAUGUAUGCCAAGAAAGGGAAAUAAAUAACUUAGAUUGCAGUUAUUUAAUUUAAGAACUGUACUUAAAACUGUAGUAAUAUAGUCUGAUCCACUGAAUAAAGUCAUCAUAUUAUAUUUAAAGGUUCCCCAUUUGCUUCUGCGAGACAAUUAUCAAUAUCAUGUUUUUUAACAUGUUCAGAUCAUUUCUGUACUUCCAUCAUUUUCUUAAUGCCAUUUUUACAUGUCAGACAUUGUCUUCUUUCCAUUUGAAAAUAAAGUCUGUGUCAAAAUAAAU